GAGCCGUUCGGGGCGUUGCUGGGAGCUUCUCUGCCUCGUUGCUCCGGCUCUGCUCUUUAUUGUAUUUAUUGUGCGUGUUUCGCCAUGGCCGGGAUUCUUUUCGAGGAUAUUUUCGACGUGAAGGACAUCGAUCCGGAGGGCAAGAAGUUCGAUCGGGUUUCCCGACUCCACUGCGAGAGCGAGUCCUUUAAGAUGGACCUGAUCCUGGAUGUGAACGUACAGAUCUAUCCCGUCGACUUGGGUGACAAAUUCCGCCUCGUGAUCGCCAGCACCUUGUACGAAGACGGGACCUUGGACGACGGGGAGUAUAACCCCACUGAUGACCGACCCUCCAGAGCCGACCAGUUUGAGUACGUGAUGUACGGGAAGGUAUACAGGAUCGAAGGGGACGAGACGUCCACGGAGGCGGCCACGCGACUCUCCGCCUACGUGUCCUACGGCGGUCUGCUUAUGAGGCUCCAGGGAGACGCCAACAACCUGCACGGCUUCGAAGUGGAUUCCCGGGUCUACCUUCUGAUGAAGAAACUAGCCUUCUAACCAGCUGUGGGGCAGGGAGGGGACCACCUGGACUUUAUGGGGGCGGGACAGCUUUGCUGCU